UAUGAAAACUACAAUAUAAACUUUAUAAUCUUUUUAAACGCUGUUAGAAAUUCCUGUGGCCUUACCAAUCACAUCUCUAAUUUGUUUUUUUUCUUGGAAGAAAAUAAUCCAUAACUGGUUCUGUUUAGAUUCUAAUUGAAACCCCUUCGUCAAGGAAUUUGCCUAUAUAUACAGACAUACAUACUACUUUCUUCUCACUCCAAUACAAACCACGGUAUUUAAGACGACGGUGAUCACCUUAUUCAAAAUGGGUCUAGCGUCACAUGAAGAAACCAUAAAAGAACAUGCAAAGAAACGCUACAACGCUCACUUCAUGUUGAUUGAUGGAAUGACUAAGGUGAUGACUAACCAAGAUAAGAAGUGUCAGUCAUUGGAUUUUCAUGCUGCUGGUCUCAAAUGGAGUUUCUAUAUCAAGUCAGAUGUCGUAAAGGACCACUUAUCCUGUUAUCUGUCGAUCAAGGAUGAAAAGUGUAUCGGUUCAAACUGGGAAGUCCAAUGCAGUUUCAAUCUCAUUGUCGUCUCUCAUACUGGACUAGCUGAUCUAUGCAAACCAUGUGCGGCGUGUUUUACAGAAAAAAACCCCUCAUGGGGGCAAGCCAGCUUGAUCUCAAACGUGGAUUUGAAGAAGAAUUAUCUUGUGAACGAGAAAGUGGUUUUCUGUGCGGAGAUCACUGAAGUCAAACCUAAAUUCCUCAAUGUCAACAGUGUCUCUCCAACCAUGGGGACAGUGGAACGCCUGAAACUGACGGAGGUGCAACGGAAAAACUCUAGAUUCACCUGGAAGAUCACUCAGUUUUCCUCCUUCGAUGGUGAACAUCAUUCGUCCUACGAGUUCACCGUUGGACCACGGAGAUGGAAUAUAAGCAUGUACCCAAAAGGAGUCGCAGAGGCGAGCGGGAAAUUUUUGUCUUUGUUUUUGACUGCGACCGAUUACGUGACGAAUGGUCCAAAGGCAGCAACGUUGGCCGUCUUUAGACUGCGAGUGUUGGACCAACUUAAACGCAAACACCGUGAAUUGGACGAGGAAUGUUGUUGGUUUUCCUCCGGUAGCACAUGGGGCACGAGGAAGGCUUUAGCGCUGGAAGAACUCCACAAGGCUUCAAACGGAUUUCUGGUGAAUGAUGAGAUAUAUCUUGGUGUUGAGUUCUUUUUUGUCUCCACUACUGAUUAUCUCUGAGCAUCAAUUACCACCAGAAUCAAUAGCUCCUGAUGAAGUUAUCUGCCUAUUAUUCUAUUUCUAUAUAUACAUGUCGUGUGUGUUUAUACAAAAAUAAGAUAAAAGGGGCGGAUCAAAUUGGUUGAUUAUAUUAUAUGCCAUAAUAACAUUCAACCGAGUCCGCUUUGCUUACCUUUUCUCUUUAUGGAGAGGCUGCUUGGGUACUGUACCUUUCUUGUUUGUAAUAACGACGAUAUUAUAUCUGCUUGUGUCGAAAUGUCAUGUGUGACUGCUCAAAUUACUUGUUUGAAAUAACAACGACGUAAAGCCUUCAAUGGUUAUUUUGUGUUGAAAAACAAAUUUUUUAACUUUGCACCGUUAGGAAAAUCCUAUAAAAUGUUGUAAAAUCGAUUUCAAUGACUAUUUUUCUACAAAAUCUAAUGUAUCUUAACAUUUG